ACUCUUAUCUCGUAGUAGAUGAAUAUAUCGAUUCCUUUUUCAUCUCUUACCUCGGUCCUGUGUUCCGCCGCCGCUGACCAGAGCGUUGGCCGCUGACUGCGCCGCCGCGAGGCCGUGCCGCGGCCCCUCGAUUCCACUCCCAGCUUUGCAUCCUCUCGAUUCCAUACCUCCACCGGCCACUCUAGACCACAGCCCACGACGCCUCCUCUCGGCGCUCAAAUCCACACCUUCACCGGCGGCAAGAUCUGCCGCCCGAGUCCACGAACGGGAGAAGGAGAUGGCGGGAGCGAAGGACAUCGCCGGGCGCCCAAUUACCUUGGACGCUGCUUCUCCACAAUCUGUGGGCAGCGCGCUGCUUCUCCACAUCGUCGUCAGACCGAACUGGUUCAGGUCAUAGUGAAUUAUUCACGAUACUCCUAAGAGCCUGACGCAGUCGCUGUUUGAGGUGAGCUGAUUGAUUAAAACAUAGUAUUGUACAUACAUUUUUGUUUAAUAUCUGCUUGUUAAUUCGCAUCAUACAAUUAAAUUAGUGAUUGCCAUAAGAUUGUAGAUUGAGAUAUACAAAGACAGACUAUCUGCUGAGUGCCAUGAGAUUUAUUAAAUUAUUUGGUGUUUGAGAUAUACAAAGACAGAUUGUAACUGGUGAUUGCAAUAAGAUUUAUUACAUUAGUUGUUUUCGUUUUUGUUUAAUAUCUGCUUGUUAAUUCGCAUCAUACAAUGAUAAGAUAUACAAUGACAUUUGCUACUUUAACACAGCUAGUCAGAUGGAUCUAACAAAUAUUAAAAAGUUACUGUGUUCUCCUAGACCAAGUGCAGACUACUUGGCUGGCAUAGAAGGUUUUCUUGAUUUUGCAUACACUGGAAAAAGUACAGAUGCCAAGAUCCGUUGUCCAUGCAUCAAAUGUGUCAAUAAGUUCUUGUUGAAGCGAAACACUGUAUAUGAUCAUUUGGUGUGUAAUGGAAUGCUACUUGGGUACACAGUUUGGGGUUGUCAUGGUGAAACUGCAGGAUACAUCUCCUCUGGCAAACGAAAAAGGUCAAAACAGGGAGGCAUAAACUCUAAUAUGUGCCAACUAGUCCAUGAUGUUUUCGGGAACAUAGAUAAUGGGUCUCAACUGAAUGACUGCGAUGAACAUAUGAACAUUAAACGAGAGUUACAUCCACAAAAAAACCCUAAUGAUAAGUAUUAUCUCCCACCUGCCUCCUUUAACCUAUCUAAAGAAGGGAAGCAACAAUUUUGUAAAGUCCUUCAUGGUGCAAGGGGUCCGAAUGGGUUUUCAGGAAACAUCUCAAGAUGUGCAAAUGUUGUUCAAGGGAGAAUCUCAGGCCUUAAAAGUCAUGAUUGUCAUAUACUAAUGCAACAUUUCCUGCCACUUGCUAUCCGAGGUCUACUCCCAGAUCAUGUCAUGUCUGUGUUGUUUCACUUGUGUGGGUAUUUUAGAGAAGUGAGUGCAAAAGUCCUAUACAUCAGCGAGCUUGAGAAGUUGGAGGAGCGAAUCGUAAUGACAUUAUGUCAUAUGGAGAUGAUAUUCCCGCCAGGUUUUUUCACUGUUAUGGUGCAUUUGGUUAUGCAUCUAGCAACAGAGGCAAAAGUAGGUGGCCCAGUGUGCUACCGUUCGAUGUGGUUUGUGGAAAGGUAUAUAGGUAAGUUGAAGUCGAAUGUCCGUAACAGAGCUCAUCCUGAAGGAUCUAUUGCCGAAGCAUUUUUGGCAGAUGAGUGCAUGACAUUUUGUUCAAGAUAUAUUGUCGGUUUUGAGACUAAGCAUAACUUGGCUUCGAGGAACGAAGAUGACGAGGAGUGGGUUGGGAAUCAUGAUAUUGCACAUGGAUGAAGAUUAUUUCCUCAAUCUGGCAAUCCACUUGGAAGGCCUAGGAAUUAUGUUCUGAGCGGUGUGGCUAAAGUACACACACAUAGAUAUGUCUUGUUCAAUUGCUCCGAUGUGAACUCAUACCUUAGAGCUCAUGCUGAUGAGAUAACUAAUGGACGCAAUUUAAACCUUGAUGUUGUUGAGAGGAUUCAAAACGAUAAGUUUCACGAAUGGUUUCAAGCUCAUAUAAAGAAAUUGGAGAAGGAAAAUGGCGUCCAUAGUAUUGAAAAGGAUAUUAGAUUGUUGGCCCGGGGACCAGUUAAUGCAGCCAAAAGAUAUUGCGCUUUCAACUCCCGAGGCUACCAUUUUAGGCCUAAACGCUUGGAUAAAGAGACACAAAAUAGUGGAGUCAUGGUAACUGCAAAAACAUCUCGUUAUGAUUCAGCACGCGAUGCUAAUGCAGUUUUACAGGAACUAUGGGAGGGUAAUUGAUAUUGUCGAGCUAAACUACUCUGAACAGUUUUCAGUGGUGUUGUUUAGAUGUGAAUGGGUUAAUGUGUUCUCAGAAAAAGGAAUGAAAAAAGACAAGUACGGUUACACACUUGUCAAUUUCUCACAUCAAAUACACAAAGGAGAAAAGAUUGAGCAUGAGCCUUUUAUUUUCCCUAACCAGGCGAAUCAAGUGUUCUAUGUGAAAGAUGAAUUGAAUCUAGGUUGGUUUGUGGUAAUGAAGUUGUCAAAGCCUAGAGAUGUAUAUGACUUAGGUAACUUGGAAUGGGAAGAGGAGACAGAAAACCAGCCAUUUCAUGUUUCACAGCUUGGAGAGAUUUUGAAAAGAAAGAACAAUGACCAACACUGGGUUAGAACAGACGUUGAGGGGACAAUAGUGGAUGCUACUAGUGCUUCGAGCACCGAAGAAUAGUUGAGGUUAGUAGCAACAAGGUAUGCACUAUGUUGAGGUAAUAUAGUUAUGCUUUCCGAAUAUGCUCUUGUAUUUUUUGUCAUAAAGAUGACGUGUAUAUUAUUUUCUCCUAGAAAUGUCCUUGUAUGAAAGUAAUAGUAUGACUGUUUGAACUUCUGAUCAACCCAUUCAUAAAUUAAUGAAUUAUGUUAAUGUUUCUAAAUAUGUGGCUUUGAACAGUGCACUCAUAUAGGUUGAUCCAUAUUUCAUUUGUAACACAACAUUUGAGAUAUGAUUUUUACCUCUAAUAAAAUAUAUUGUUCAGUCU